AUGGCUGCCAAUUCCACACCCGAAUUCGAAGACUUCGUCAUCUGGCAUAGCUCCCGCCAUGCGAGCGUUUUCGGAGACGCUGCGGCUGGAAGCGUCAUCGAGUGCGAGCCGGAACCUGACGCUGCCAGCCAACCUGGCCCUGUAGCAUCGAACCACACGCUUGCCAGUCCUCCACGCGUACCGCGAACGGACGCAGGAGUUGAUGUGGGCGUUUGGCCUCAGAGCCGAGGACAUUCCCAGCGCCAGCCAACCCUGGAAGCCCCGGUCUUCCCUCGGGCUGGGGAAAUGCCAUCUCGUGUUGUGGAAUCAGCAUCGUCAACUGUCUCACUCGGCAGCCGCGCUUCUUGGCCGAAGCUGACCAGCUUGAGUAAGCGCCAUCUAACACAAGACCGAUCCGACACAGCCGGCUUCUUCAACGAGGAAGGUUGUGUUGCCCAUCAGCCGAACGAGCCGGGCUCAGAGGCGGCUUCUCCGCAUCUAGGUGCCUCUGGCACAAGCUUUCAAUCCCCUGCGUUGAGCCUGCAUGCUCGCGAUUCAACAAAGGGUGGCGUUCCGUUUCCGUGGGCCGUAAACCGAACCGUUUGCGUCCAGGCAAACACGCGAAACGUCGUAGGCAGCCGCCAUACAAGGGAUCAAUCCAUCAAUGGAGGAGAGAAAGCCCAAGUGAGCGACACCAGCAGUGGCGCUAGCUCCCGAAGCACCACGAUGGAUCAGCUUGCUACGCUUAACCUUGGUCGCAGCAAUUGUGUCCCAGUCCGGAUUGACUCGGACCCCGAGAGUUCCUCCGAUGGCUUCACAUCGGGUUUUGAGGAACAGAACGAGUUUGUCGGUGAGAAGAUGCAUAAGGCAGACUCGGUCAGACACUCAGCGAAGAGGGUGCCGACCGGCCCCUUGUCUGCAAGUCGGCCGACAAAGGCAAGAAGGAUGAUAUCCGGCUUCUUUUCGGACUUGCCAAGUCCAUCCAUCAUCCAGGAGAACACACUUCGCAGAGCCCAAGCGUGGAGAUCGUGCAUCUCUACUGCUGUAGACGAAUCGGAACUCAAUGUUCAAGGGAUACUUCAAACUUUCGAAGGUGCACCACCGCGCAAAGAUAUAGGGGACGUGCUAAGAGCACUCCAAUGCAUCUGUGAAGUGGCACGACCGGAAAGAGUUGUUGCUUUACAAAAACUCCUACUACAGGUAGGAAUGGAACCCUUACUAAGAGAGCCCUUCCCGCCAUCUUCAAUUGUUGAAGAUCUGUGCGAAUUACACGGGUUGAUCGUCAAGUUCACCAAUGAGCCAUCCAUCUUGAGAUCCAAAGCUUUGAUUUACUUAUACCUAUACCACAAACGUUUUGAAUCUGACGUCGACUUGCGAAAAGAGCGUCUCAAGACCGAGCGGCAGGCGCAAAAACGAAGGUUGCAUCAUGCGCGGAAGUAUGGCAAAACACCAGAUCCUUCAGGGCAGACCGCGCCGAAACGUAAGGGGAAGGCGGACCAGCAAGUGAGGGAAGAUCUGAUAAUGGACCUCCGAGAAGCAGGCUACGAUUGCACUGUAGCCGAGGAACAAGUCGCCCGGCACCUCCGGAUCGGGGCAAUUCUGGCAUCACUCUUGGAAAGCGGCGAGCGUCCACUCCACCCAUACUGGUUGAUCUUAAUCACUCCCCAGGUCGACGAGAUUGCCAACCUCCUCGGGACGAAUCCGCCUCCAGUUCUCAAUUUAAACAAAUGGAAGCCGCCCGAAAUAUAUUAUAGACUCUCACGGCCAAUAUUAGAUGACGAUGUUUUUGGCCUUACGCUCGAGUUUGCCACUUGGAUCGGCAAAUAUCUUUUCGUCGCACGCCCUGAGCUUGGAGCAAUUAGCUUUGACGGUAUCAACAUAUUCGGCGGUCGUUCCCGUCCGAUACCGAUAUGCUCAAUGUCCGAGAAAGAGAUCUGUGACACUGCACCGUCGGAGAUCUCAAGGCUCUUCGAGUAG